CAUUUGCGUGUCAUCUUUUAUAGUUUGAAGUAAAUAUGCACCCUUAAAAGCCAACUAAAAUUUACCAAGUUCGUAUAUUUUGGCAUUGUUUUACAGACUUGUAAUAUCUUUAUACUCCAUUAGCUGUAAUCUCAGGAAGAGAAAUUCAUGUCUGCCAUGGCUUCCUUGUUAUUCCACCUACUGUGUUGCCUCACAGUUUUCUGGCUUCUUCCUCUUCCUUCUCAUUCAGCUGACCCUGAUCCAUUACAGGACUUUUGUGUAGCAAACCUGAGUGCCUCUAUAUCUGUUAACGGUUUUCCUUGCAAACCAGCAUCCGAAGUGACUUCGGAUGACUUUUUCUUUGAUGGGUUCACCCAGGAAGGUAACACCACAAACACCUUUGCGUCGUUCCUCACACCUGGAAAUGUCCUCUCAUUCCCAGGGCUGAAUACUCUUGGGAUUUCAAUGAACCGGGUGGACUUUGCCCCGGGUGGAAUCAACCCUCCUCAUUCGCAUCCUCGUGCGAGCGAGGUCGGUGUGGUCAUUGAAGGGAAGCUCCUCGUGGGUUUUGUGACUACUAACAAUGUGUAUUACUCGAAAGUCUUGACUGCAGGGCAUAUGUUUGCCAUCCCUCGAGGACUGGUGCACUUCCAACUCAACGUCGGAGAUGGGAAGGCACUAGCUUACACGGCUUUCAACAGCCACUUGCCCGGUGCUGCGAUUGUUCCCCUAAAUCUCUUCGCUUCUUCUAUCCCUAAUGAAGUGUUAACCAAGACCUUCCAAGUCGAUGCGGAUCUUAUCAAUACCAUAAAAUCCAAGUUUAGGCCGUAAGAUACUCGAAAACCCUGCUCUGCUACUUGGGGAAUUGGCUGCUUAUGCUAUUAUCCACAUUUGUAUCUUUCCAUGUUCUUUUAUAAUGAUCAUUGAAUAAAAAGUUUCCGAUUUUAGCUUUGA